AUGGGCCCAACAACCACCAUCCGCGUCGCGACCGCCUCGCCCGGCACGGGCCCCUCCCGCGCCGCCACCCUCUCCCGCCUCGAGGCCCUCGCCCGCCGCGCCGCCUCCCCUCCCACCGCCGCCGACCUGCUCCUCCUGCCCGAGGCCUUCAUCGGCGGCUACCCGCGCGGCAGCGCCUUUGGCUGCGUCAUCGGCGACCGCAGCGCCGCCGGCCGCGACGAGUACGCCCGCUACUACGACGACGCCGUCGACCUGGGCGACACGGUCGGCGAGGGCGGCGCGGGCGCCGGCGACCGCUGGAUCCGCCGCGAGCUGCCCGCCGUGGCUGUCGUCGGCGCGGGUGACCACGCGGAUGGUGCGGCGCAUCGUCAUCAUGGAGGGGGACCGCCGCCGGCGAGGGGAGACGGCACGAGGGAGGAGCUGGAGCGCAUUGCGCGCGAGACGGGCGUGUUUGUCGUCACGGGAGUAAUCGAAAAGGCGGGCGGCAGCCUGUACUGCUCCGUCGUGUACGUGUGCCCGCGCGAGGGCAUCAUCGGCAAGCGGCGCAAGGUCCUGCCUACCGGCACCGAGCGCCUCGUCUGGGCGCAGGGCUCCCCCUCCACCCUCCGCGCCGUCAGCACCACCAUCCGCGGCGCCCGCGUCAAUCUCGCCGCCGCCAUCUGCUGGGAGAACUACAUGCCCCUGCUGCGCCAGAGCCUCUACGCGCAAAACGUCAACCUGUACCUCGCGCCCACGGCCGACGGCCGCGACGCCUGGCUCGGGCUCAUGCGCACCAUCGGCGUCGAGGGGCGCUGCUUCGUCGUCAGCAGCAACAUGUGCGUGCGCGACGGCGACCACUUCCCCCAGCUGCAGCAGUCGCAGUCGCAGGCUAGCCCCGCGCAGACGCAGACGCAAUAUCAUCCUACUAGCAGUCAGGGCACGGGUCUGGGACGCGCCGGCGCCGCCGCCGCGGCGAGGAGAAGCUCCACCAUCACGGAGGAGGGCUUCGAGAUCGCCCUGCCGCCCAGCCCGCAGCGACACAAGCGCCGCAAGUCCGUCUUCGACGAGGACGGCAACGAGAUCGUGCUGUGCUGCGACGCCGACGACGAGAACGGCACUUCUCCUUCUGCUGCGGCUCCCGCCGCCGUCGAUGGCGCCAGACAGGUCAACGGCACCGGCACCGCUCUGCCCAAGCUGACCACCGGCACGACCGCUGGGGCAGCAGCACCGGCCUUCGCCUCGCGCGGCGGCUCGUGCAUCGUCUCGCCGUUUGGCGACGUGCUCGCCGGCCCGCAGUGGGAGGACGACGAGGGCAUCAUCUACGCGGACAUUGACCUGCGCGACUGCAUCCGCGGGCGGCUCGACCUCGAUGCCGCGGGCAGCUACUCGCGCAACGACGCGUUUAAGCUGACGGUGCAGGGGCUGGACAUGGACCCCCUGCCGUAUUGA